UAAGAUAGAAUAUAUCUCUUUAAAUUCCAAUCUCUGGUAAAGCAGAGAUCACAGAGUCCCAGUGCAAGGUGGGAAAAAUUAGAAGUAAAGUCUUUGUAAAGCUGUAUGAUAGAAAAUAAUUAAACCAUUGCAAUUUAUGAAUAUAUUGACGUCCCCCCUUUAGAAUCGUGUGUGAAUAAUUUAGGUAGGUAUUUUAAACGCAUUUGAAAUUGUUUACCAAAGAAAUGGUGAUGGAGAAGCCAAGUCCCCUGCUUGUAGGGCGGGAGUUUGUGAGGCAGUAUUACACCCUGUUAAACAAGGCUCCAGACUUUCUGCACAGGUUUUAUGGCAGAAACUCCUCUUAUGUUCAUGGAGGAUUAGACACAAGUGGAAAACCAGUGGAAGCCGUGUGUGGUCAAGCUGAAAUCCACAAGAAAGUAAUGUCCUUGCAGUUCAGCGAAUGCCGUACCAAGAUCUGUCAUGUGGAUGCUCAUUCCACCUUGAAUGAUGGGGUUGUGGUGCAGGUGAUGGGUGAGCUUUCCAACAAUGGCCAGCCAAUGAGGAAGUUUAUGCAGACCUUUAUACUCGCUCCUGAAGGUUCGGUGGCAAAUAAAUUCUACGUCCACAAUGAUAUCUUCCGUUAUGAAGAUGAGGUUUUUGGAGAUUCUGAAGCCGAGCUUGAUGACGAAUCUGAAGAGGAGGUGGAGGAGGAACAGGAAGAAAGACAGCCCUCCCCUGAACCUGCACAAGAGAGUCCCAGUAGCACUUACUACGAGCCACAUCCUGUAAUCAAUGGUUUAGAAGAGCCGCUGGAGGAACCAGAGCCAGAGCCUGAGCCAGAGCCUGAGCCAGAACCAGAGCAGAAGAGUGAGGAGCUGCAGCCGGAGAUCGAAGAGAAGGUCUUUGAAGAGCUGGAGGAGAAGGCCUCCUCCCCAGUUCCUGUCGAGUCUGCAUCCAACACACAGGAACCACCAAAGGCUUUCUCCUGGGCCUCAGUGACCAGUAAAAACUUGCCUCCUAGUGGUACUGUCCCUUCCUCUGGAAUUCCACCCCAUGUUGUUAAAGCACCAGCCUCACAGAACAGAAUGGAGAACAAAUCAGAGGUACAGGCUCCACCCCCCAGAGUCCGGGAUCAACGCACCAGGGAGAGACCAGGGUUUGUUCCCAGAGGGCCCAGGCCUGGACGAGGAGAGUCUGAGCCGAGUGACAUGGAUAACCGGAGAACAGUGCGCUAUCCAGAUAGCCACCAGCUCUUUGUUGGUAAUCUGCCUCAUGAUAUUGAUGAGAAUGAGCUCAAAGACUUUUUCAUGACAUUUGGCAAUGUAGUUGAACUGCGCAUCAACACCAAGGGAGUUGGCGGCAAACUACCCAACUUUGGGUUUGUGGUUUUUGAUGACUCCGAUCCUGUACAGAGAAUCUUGGGUGCAAAGGUAGGGGGGCCCAUAAUGUUCCGUGGAGAGGUACGGCUGAAUGUGGAAGAGAAGAAAACACGUGUGUUCAGGGAGAGAGACAUGCGAGGCGGCGAUGACCGCAGAGACAUGCGGCGCAAUGACAGAGGCCCUGGGGGACCCCGCGGCAUCGUGGGAGGCAGCAUGAUGCGGGAUCGGGAUGGAAGAGGACCGCCACCCAGGGGAGGCUUGGCUCAGAAACCAGGGCUUGGCUCAGGAAGAGGAGCUGGCCAGGGAGAGAGCCGCUUUACAGCACCGCGCCGUUGAGAGCGCAGCCUGCAGUUUGGAAGUAGUACCAUGUUCAUCUUUGCGUUCUUGUUAACGAAUUCCACGUAUAUAAAUAUAUAUAAAUAUACUUUUUUUUUUGGGAGGGGGGGGGCUUUGGAAUGUGACACAGCCUGUCAACCGUUUCUUUGUGAAAAACUGCAUUACUUUACCAACUAUACGAGCAUUAACAUCCUUGCCUGUGUUCAACAGGGUUCAAAAACAAUUUAUAGUUUAAAAGAAAUCUGAAAAGUGAAAGGGACUGAAAGACUUCAUUUCAAUAGUACAGCCCAUCAUUUGGAGAAGAGAUUAAAAAAACAAAUGCCUCAAGUUAAAGGGGAGCUUGUCUUUGAAUCCCUCUACUGCACAUUUUGUAAAAUCGUGAUCUGCCCAUUACUGUUGGAAACAAAUGGUGAAAACGUGCAAUUGGAAAAACUUGCCUUUUUUAUUUUUUUUGUUAAAACAAAAACUUGCAUUUAUGCACUCAUCAAUAUGCACUAAUGGGUACUCUUGUAGUUUUACAUAGAUAUCUGUGGGAUGAGGCUGGAGAACACCCUACAGUUUUCUGUUCUAUAGCAAGUCAAAUUACACAAUGGCAGGUCUUAAAUUCUGCUUGCUGUGACAAAUAUACUUUUUUUUCACACCUUUAACCCUAUUUAUGCUUCAUUUACAGUUGGAUAACGAGAAGUCUUUUUAUUUUCUUGUAAACUAAUAGAGUAAUCCUGGACUUCAAAGAAAAAAGGAAAAACAAAUACCACCCUGAACACUAGGAGAGUUUGGUGGGUCAUUUUUUUGUACUUUUUUAAAAAAAAAAUUUGCCCAAAUGCAAUAUCGGGAUUGGUCCUCCUCUCAGCCCUUCUACUGAAAGUACUGGACAAUGCAAAUAUACAGCAAAGUCAUAGCUUACUGUAUGCUCUUGAGUUCUUUUUUGUAAUGUAAAAAAGCAUGAUGGUGCCUUCUAUUACAUCAUUCCAGUCUCUAGUAACUGCAGCGUGAUGCUCUAUUGUAUCGUGAACGCCAAAAAUGCUGCAAAGUGGUUGCUCUGAAGUUUUGUAAAUAAGUUGCAGUAUCCUUGUAGGAGGAAGGGUUUGCAUACCUUUCUUCUGUUUUCUGAUCCAUUUCCACCUUUUGAUCGGUUCAGGGAGAGUUAAAUUAAUAUGUUUACUAUGAUUGAUCUAGUUGGAUCCAAAGUCCAUGAAUUGGGUUUCUGCUUUGAAAGGCAACAUAGUAUUAAAGCAUCUAGCUCUGUAAAAGGUGCCUACAAGUUUAUAUUCAAUUUGUUUGGAUGUUUUAAUAUGUUAAAGUAUGAAGUUUAUUUUUUUUUAUUUUUGGGGUUUCUUAAUUUUGUUUGUGACAUCACAGCCUGGCAAGGAUACUGCGCCUUUUAAUACAAGUAACAGCGGCUUUAAAUAGUUAAAUGAUUUUACUGAAAUACCUAAUUUAUGUUGUAUGUGGUUACCCAGUCCUAAAUACAACAAUGUUAUAAAGCAGUUCUAGAGGUUUAUAAAUCAGCACUUCAGACAAAAUGUUUGGGCAGCGGAAAAAAUGGCACUGUGUGUAAAGCCUUGAUGUUUUUGACAGCACUGAUACAGGGAUCAUUCUCUCCAUUCAUGGGGUGACCCAGUAGAACAUAAGCUGAACAGUUCUAGGAUGAACAAAUCAAACGACUAAAAAAAAAAAUAGACUUUAGUCAAUUCUGUAAGUCACAUUGAGUGAACAUCAUCAUAGCACUUCAUCUUACGGACUGGAGUACUUAUUUCUGAUUCCAAGAAUGAAAGGUGCUGUGGGGUGUGGGUGGUUUUUUUUUUUUUCUUCUCUGAACACUUCAGAACCGGUAAAGAACUUUUGAUCUUUUUGCCAUCAUUCAAAUGCUGUUGGCAGCCCUUUUUGUAAUUAUCUGUUCAGUUUUACAGAAGGUUAUGGCCUUUUUGCCCCCCCCCCCCAUUUAUUUUUCCUUUCCCCAUCAAUAUGUUUUCAUGCUGAUAUUCAGUGUGCUUAACUGCAUUAUAUCUCAUCCUAGUUUUGAGGCAGCUGUCAGUUGAAAAGGUUAUUCUAGUGGUCUGCCAAUAGGCAUGGAAGCAUCUUAAAGCUGCUCUUGGUAACGGAAGACCUCCAUAGCCUGCAGCUCCUAGGGGAUGACAAAUGCACAAGUAGUAAUUUGUUUACACACUGAACUGCAGCGGUUGCUUACCAACCGGUCUUCUCAAACUUUACUCUGAUUUUUAUAUAGCGCCUUUGUAAAUUUACUUUUGAGGUCUUCCUUGUUUGAUGGUAGUCUUGCACAAUUUCCAACAUUUCUGGGACACAGACACUUGUUUUGUUUUCAUCACAUGAAUUACUUUCUUUUAGAAUUUUCAGUACUGUUGUGGCCUAGAAGUACACAUACUUGAAAUUUCCCAUCAGGCAAGGAAGGGAGUAAGGUGGGAGUCUCUCUCUCUCUUUCUCCUCCCCCCCCCCCCCCCCCCCCCAAUAUUUGAUGGUUACCCUGGGCUUCAAUUCUUCCAAAUCAUUUUUGGCUGGUCAGUUUAACCUGAUUUUUUUUUUUUAUUUCUUUAGAUUAUCAAACUUUCCAUGCUUUGGCUCGCUCACCAGCUUUUUUUUUAAUUUUUAUUGUUAUUUUUUUGACAAAUCAUCCUGGAACUAAAGACCUAACUAAUAAGAACUGAAAUAGAGGGGGAGAAAAUAAAAAAUCUGAGGAGCUCAAGCUCUGGCUAACUUCCGAAAUGAAUGCUAUGAACUAAACUCUACAUCAAAGUUUACCUGGUGUUUUGUUUUUUCUCCUUAUUUACUAUGGACUCUACUGUUCCCCCUCCCCCCCUCUUUGUUUUAAGGUACCUCCUAAAGCAAAGCCAGUAAACUUUUCCACUAUGGCGAGUGCAGUAGGUGGUUUGUAUGAAAGUUAUAAGAGAGCAAUAUGUGUAUCAUUCCAGUCCUUUAUUUUGUUUUCAAGGGAAUUGACUUACCUUCUUGGCUUUGGCAGGUAUGGUAAACAGUGGUUUGCCAUCUUAAUUUUUCUGUGUUAAAGCAUCUUUAUGCUAGUAGGAAACUAGUUUAAUGUAUUGCAGGUGGAGAGUAUUUUUAUUUUGUUUUCCAUUUUGAAUGUGUUGGACUUGACAUACAAUAAACUACUGAUGUCUGCAUAA